CGCCGCUUUUCGUCCCGUAGAAUUGCGAAUUGAACUUCAAAGUCCCUUUCUCCGAAGCAGCCUCCACCUCGACGACACUGUGUAUAUCCCAAUUCCCAAUCUAUCGUUUCUGGCGGCCUGCUGUUGAUGCUUUCUUUCUGGCGUGGUUGACUCAUCAUUGUCCAUACACUCGUCAUGUCGUCCUCAUGAACAUAUACUCCCCCAAAGCCCUGCCAGUGUCGGAACACAGCUCAUUACACCAUGGCUCGCCCCGCCGAGGAGCUGCCCUCUCAUGCCUCUCCCGUCAUCUCUCCCAUGCCACGGCCUACGCCAGCAUACAUAAACAACUGGUCUGAUCUCAAUGACGAUUCUCCUGCCACUCCAGGCGUACCGAGCAAUCUGCUAUCUCCUGCCUUUACUCCUCCAGCGACCCCAGGAACGGGGACCCCUUCGCGCCAACUGACCGCAGAGCCGAAGUCGAUUCCUGUAGACACCUCUCUCGACGAUGCGAACACCAAACAGCCGCGUCUGCUUGAAAGACUGCCGAACGUGGAGUGCGUCGUGCGUGCGCGCAUACCGACCACUUCUGGAGCAGAGAUGUUUCUCCAUCUAUACCAGAACGACUCAGACAACAAGGAACAUCUGGCCAUUGUGUUCGGCAAUAAUAUUCGGAGCAGAAGCCUGGACGCCGAGCGGCCCGGUGAGACCGAGAUGGAUCGGAUGAUUCGAGGAGCAUACGUUGGCAGACUGCGACCGGGUCGCGUGAGUUCGAGGUUCGACCCCGACUCUCAGAAUAAAAGGCCAUUGAGCCGGCAGCAGACAAAACCCAGCGGAGGGUCUGCCUUGAAAAACGUCACUUCUGUAUCUGAGGAGGCCGUGGUCGACACUCCGUCAUUGACACCUGUUCAGCCUCCUGUGGCUACGCAGGACGAGGAGAACUCUGAACAACCGCAGCAGCAGCAAUCCGACGCUGAGCCCGAGGUUUCGUCUGAGAACACUGUUCAGACAAACUCAACGGGCAAGGCUCCGCUGGUGCGCAUCCACUCCGAGUGCUAUACGGGUGAAACGGCCUGGUCGGCACGAUGUGAUUGUGGCGAGCAACUGGAUGAAGCGGCCCGACUGAUGUCGCUGCCAAACUCCCCGGGCGGCGUCAUUGUAUAUCUCCGACAAGAAGGACGAGGCAUUGGUCUGGCAUCCAAACUCAAGGCUUAUAACCUCCAAGAUCUGGGCAAUGACACCGUCGAGGCGAAUCUCCUUCUCCGGCAUCCCGCUGAUGCCAGAACAUACGGGUUGGCGACCGCCAUCCUACAAGAUCUGGGUCUCGGCACCGACAGCGACGCCAACAAACCCGAGUCGGAACGCGGUAUCCGACUCCUUACCAAUAACCCGGAUAAAGUCAGGGCAGUGGAAGGCCCCAAUAAAGAAGUGCGGGUUCGUGAAAGAGUCCCCAUGAUCCCGAUCGCCUGGCGAACCGCAGGCGCCAAAGGCGUCCGAGGCGCCGAAAUUGAAAAGUAUCUCGAGACAAAGAUCGGGCGCAUGGGACACAUGAUUCGCGAUGACUAGAUGAGACAGCCGAAAGGCACACGGACUCGUCUGAAAAUGAAACUCGACUAUCCAAUGUCGCCCAACCGAGCCUACUCGCAGGGUUAUCCGGGCACCCACAGGAUCAUGUGGAGGAAUCACUGUCGAGAGAGAGAGGAGAUUUAUUCUCGCUUACCGCUCCGCUGGGAUGCACGCGAAGUAGAACAGGACAAAUACGGCGCCCAAAAUCAUUCCAAAAGGGGAUACCCUGCAUUCCCCGAUUCCCUGCCUGCUGUGAUGACUAUUGGCCCAAUUGGAAAGGAAGCCACAGCUUUAUGCAAGGGACGGACAGACCCGGUAGCAAAUGACCAGCAGUGUACUCCUCAAAUGCACUGCAAGCAUUGCAUUGCCCCCUGAGCGCUGCUUGAAAAAAGCCACCUCCUAUUAGCAUAUCGUGUUACCGAAUGGGCUUUGUUACUCCACAAGACGUCAUGCUCGUGGAAUCACCUCUGCACUGUCCAACCUUGUGCAUGCGACGACGAGAAUCCCGAGGGGCGACUGUGCCAGUGCCUGUUCGUGCUUUUAUUUCGGCACCGACGCCAACAUUGGACGGUGCAGGCGGAAAGGACAAUCCCGGCCAGAUACGCCAGAUACAACCGGAUGUUGGUCAUAGUGAGAUCCUAUAUCAGCUGCUCACAGAGGAGGAAUAUAUAUCUGGCCAAGCUCGAAAACGAGAAUCUGAAUUUGACAAAUCUUGGAAGACAACAAGAACAGAGGAAGAAGGAGAUGACUUCGACAAGUGGGCUAUACACCGAAGCAAGAACAUGAGCCAAUCAACGUUGGAGCGACCAGAGAGAGAUAGAGUAAAUCGAUCAAUGUUUGGAGUGGGGGAUUGGAAAAGCUGGAUUUUUUAUACAGUAUAGUAUAUCAUCCUGAUGAGAGGACAUACGAUCAGAGUAGAUUGAUAGGACUGUCGAAACAAACACAGUACUUCUCGCAAGCCCCA